AUGGCCAACAUCGACGAAAUCACUUGGGAAGUGCCAGAGGCGGCGACGGUGGAGGACCUCGAGCCGUAUGUCAACGUGAUGAAGGCCUUCGCGACCGCCUGCGACACGGACGACCAGGGCGUCACCAACGUGAACCGCGCCAACACCGUCAAGCUCUGUCUGUGGGUGCGCAGAUGCGUCCGCACAGGCACUCUAGACUCCCGGAAGAAGUUCCAAGCGGCAGCGCGCGCGGCCGGUCUGGAUGACGCGCUGCUCAUGCUCGCAGAGACCGGCUUCGGAGCGGCCUUCUGCGCGCUCGAGGCGCUGGUAUAUCGCAACGAGCCAAUGGCGGUGUACCUCGCGAAACAGCGCGUCCCGCACCUCGUGGCGCGUCUCCUGGGGGAGCUCGGGACGCCAUCCGGAGGAGCAGGCGCCCUGGGGCUGCAAGUCAAGUACAGCAACGACCCGUGGCUGACGUCCGCGAUGCUGUAUCUCCUGGCGGCAAUGGCAGCCUUCUCGUUCCGCUCGCACGCCUCCAUCAUCGACGCGGGCCUCCUGCCCGUCCUCGUGCGCUUCUCUCACCUCGUCGAGGACGAGGAGACCGCCAUGGCGGACGCGGUCGGGUCCGCGAACUCGGAGGUCGCGCACACGCGCGAGCUGCUGGGGUCGCGCGUCAACGUCUGCGCCCGGGCCUCGGCGGUGCUGCGCAACCUGGCGCACAACCGCAACAACCACACCCAGCUCAUUUCCGGGGACGUGCCCUCCGCGCUGCACGCCAUGGUCGAGUCGUCGGGCGACGCGUCGACCCGCGUGCACGCCGCGACGGCGCUGGCGUGUCUGAGCGGGGGCGAGGAGGACGACCCGACGCUCAUGAUCGCGGAGCCCGUCGUCGUGGAGAUCCUCGCCACGCUCGACGCCGCGAUCGACGGCAGGGAGCACCUCGGGCAGACCUGGACGGUCUGGAAGCUGGUGCAAGGGCUGGCUCGACUGUCGAUCAACGAGACGAACAAGGCGGUGCUGGCGCGGCACGGCGCCGUGGAGCUGAUCGCGCGGAUCCUCGAGGGCAAGCACCACAAGCCGCUCGUGGUCCAGCGCUUCACCGUGCGCACGUGCUGGAACCUCUGUUUCCUCAAGGAGAACCGGCAGGCAGUGCUGCAGCACCCGACGCUCGUGCCGCGGCUCCAGGACCUGGCCGGGAGGUCCGCGCGCUGGACGUUCGAGGACGGCAAGCUCCUCGCGAACGCGCUGAAGGGGUGCCUGUGGACGCUGGGCAUGUACGACGGAGAUUCGGACUUCCGGGACGUGCUGGCGACGCACAGCAGCUCGCUGGCAACGUCCUCGCUGGAGCAGUCGCACGCGCUGAUCCCGGACUCGGCGUGGUCGGAUCCGGUGUCGCUCGCGUCGGGGGGCGUGGAGCAGCGCAGCGCGGCGGUGGGCGUUGGCCACGUCAUGCUGAGCUACAACUGGCAGACGCAGGGGGACGUGCUGCUGCUGCGGGACGAGCUGCAGGCGCGCGGGUACGAGACGUGGGUCGACGUGGAUCGCAUGCGGGGAUCGACGCUCGAGGCGAUGGCGCGUGCCAUUGAGGAGGCCUCAGUCGUGCUCAUCUGCUACAGCCGCGGGUACAAGGAGAGCCAGGCGUGCCGGCUCGAGGCCGAGUACGCCUUCCAGCUCAAGAAGCCGAUCGUUCCCGUCCGUAUGGAAGACUGGGCGCCGUCGGGCUGGCUCGGCGUCAUCUGCGGCUCCCGGAUGUACUACGAUUUGUUCACUGCCAACCAGUCGCGCCGCGCACGCCAGGAGCGGCUCGAGGCGCUGCUGCACACGAUCGCGCUCACCGUGUCCGGCCAGGACGACGAGAGCGACGGAUACCGCGAGGCCUUCGAAGAGGGGCGCCUGCGCCACAGCGGCAGGCCGCUGAGCUCGGUUGACAUUCACGCGCACAUGGCCGACCGAGCGGCGCCCUUGCACGCGGCCGGGAACGUCGCCCCAGCGUACAUGAGCGCCCAUGUGCCGAGCGGGUCCGCCGAGCACAUCGCGCGGCUCGAGCACGGCAGAAGCAACUUGAGAUCGGAGACGUGCUUUGCGGACGUGGUGUCCUGGGACGUCAGCGAGGUGGAGGAGUGGGCGCGGGACAACGGGAUGCCGUGGCUCACCGCGGCGGUGCGGCGCGAGGAGAUCGACGGCGGGGCGCUGCUUGGUCUGCGCACAGCGGCAGCGCACGACCCAGUGGCGUUCACGGCCGCGCUGAAGACGGAGCUCGUGCUGCGGCGGGCAGGGCACCGCUUCAAGCUGCUGCACGCGCUGCAGGCGUUGUGCGUGGACGACAAGCGCAGGCCGGGAAGCUGA